AUGCUCCGUCAAUCUAUGGCGCGCGCUUUCCGCGCAUGCGCAUCCUCAUACCCUUUCUUAUCGCCGAAACCAUCCAUCCACCUCAAGGCCGCCUCACUAGCAGCUCAAACGUCGCGCUCAUACAAUGCCUCAGGAUCUCAAUUCUUUACUCGUUGGGCUACCUCUCUGCGCUCUCAGAUUGCGCCCCUACGACAACCCCAAGCCCAAUCACAACUCUCGUUUCACACACCUUCCCCAAGAAACCGGCGGACGUUUUUCUCAAGCCACCAAUCCCCCUACCAACAAAGGCAGAACCAAUACAACCGAUUCCAAGGCAGAGCCCGCCGACCUAUCAUUUACCGCUUAGUGCAGAAUGCAAAACCGCACCACUUUGUUGCGAUUGGCGUGGGGAUAUCCGGACUUUAUCUAUACAACACGGAGAUAGUGGAGAUGACCGGUCGACGACGGUUCAACUGUGUCUCUCGCCACCAGGAGCUAAAAAUGGGCGAAGAAAGUUACCGCGAGGUCCUCAUUGCCGAGCGUGGCAAGGUCCUACCCCAUAACCAUCCUCUUACUCGUAUGGUGGAUGGUGUGCUGCAACGGUUGGUCCCGCAGGCGCCUAUCGAGGGCGCCGACUGGAAGGUUCAUGUUAUAAAGGAUGAUGGAAUGCUUAAUGCUUUUGUGCUUCCUGGGGGAAAGGUAUUUGUCUACACGGGUAUCUUGCCCGUUUGCAAAGACGAGGAUGGCUUGGCUGCUGUGCUGGGACAUGAGAUUGCCCAUGUUGUGGCUCAUCAUCCUGCAGAGCGUAUGAGCACCAGUUUCAUUACGCUGGGAGCUGUAUUCGCUAUCUCUUUCUUGUUCGAUGUCUCCGGGCAGUUUUCUUCUUUCCUAUUGAAUCUUAUGUAUAGCUUGCCGAACUCGAGAACGCAAGAGGCUGAAGCAGACAAGAUCGGACUAAUGAUGAUGUCCAAAGCCUGUUUCAACCCCGAGGCUGCCGUCAAACUAUGGGGUCGCAUGUAUGAACAGGAGAAAGAGGCUCCUCCGCAAUUCAUGUCCACCCACCCAUCGAGUUAUAACCGAAUGGAAGCCAUUCAAGGAUGGCUCGACAAGGCCGAGGCAAUAUACGACGAGAAUGGGUGCAGCUCUGUCAAAGGAUACAUGAACGCCAAGCAACUGGCGGGCUCCCCCCUCGUGCAAACCGAGCAAACCCACCACCGCAGCUCCAAAAAUUGCCUGGCACAACAGCUCCAUCCACUCCCUCACAUUCAACCCAUUUGA